CUUGGCGCUUCUCUGUGGCGGCUCAAAGACUAAAUUUGACUGGGGGGUGGUCCGUCGCGAGAGUGAGUGCUCUUAGUCCGCUCACCAGUGACUUCUGGUGAUGAUCUGGUGGUCCCUGCACUCUCCUUGACCGACGCACUCUCAGGGAUUCAUACUUUGAGAUCUUGAAAGGUCUCCAAACCAACGCAUGGCUGACGAGGAAGUUGCACAAAUUACCGAACAAGCCUCCCAACUCCUAUCCGAGCCCCAACCCGCUCCCGCCGAACCCACGGAGGCACCCCCUGCGGAACCCGCCCCCGAGCCUGCAGCCCAGCCACAACCAGAACCAGCCGCUCCUGCUGAACCUGCAGCUCCAAUUGAACCUGCAGCCGAACCAGCUCCGGCCGUUCCCGCGGAUGAAGCAGUUGUCCCAACAGCUGAGUGCGAAGCCCCCAAAGUGCAGGUUGCCCCAGAACCCCCAAUGUUUAAGCCCAUCAUUGCUUCCCCGGUGCCUCACCACGCCGCCAUUAAAUCCUCACCCGUGCUGACCAACGGACUCACCAAUGGAUUCCCAACUGAACCCACGCCGGUUCCCAUCUCUACGAACAUCCAGAUUACGCUAAACAAGGAGGAAGGCCAGAGCUGGGGCCUGAGACUUAAUGGAGGACGCGAAUUCGGACUUCCCCUCAGCGUUAUCAGGCUGCAAGCUGGAAGUCUAGCAGAACACCAGGGUAUUAGAAUUGGCGACAUUGUUGAGGAAAUCAACGGAAUACGAGCAUCCGAGAUGACCCACAAUGAAGCCCUGGAGGCAAUUAAAAAGGCUGGCAACGCUUGCCUGUUCUCCCUACUCAGAUCCGAGGCCAACACUGGCAAAGUUAUGAAACCCUACAAGCCCAUGGCUCAGCUCGAUGAUCUCACAGUUGCUCAGCCGAGCGGUACAAGACCAGCCUUGGCAACCCCCGUCGCUGCAGCCGCAACCAAGAGGCACGUGGCACUAGGCACCCUGAACAUAGAAGAGGCGGAGACGUGCUUCACCGAGGAGGUAAUCGCCGAGACCAUGUCCGCGCACGCCGAGGUUGUUGUUGGUAACGCACUGGGCGUUAACUUCCACAAAUUCGAGCCGAGGUUCGAACAUUUAGCCAACUCGGGAACUUACCAACUGCUUCUGGAGGAGGAACAGAAGAGAGGCAAAACCAUGACCUUGCCAAAGACCUUGAAACCGCAGAUAAUCCCGCGCAAGCAGCCACCCAAACCACGUACCCCAGUGCCCCCACCAAAAGAGCCCACUCCACCCCCGGCACCCAAAGAACCGACACCACCACCUAAGGAGCCCACUCCUCCACCAAAAGAACCCACUCCUCCUCCUAAGGAGCCUACACCGCCUCCACAGGAGCCGACGCCUCCACCUCCAAAAGAGCCGACUCCAGAGCCAGAACCAGUUCCGGUUGAGGAACCUCAACAGCCGAAGCAGGAGGAAGCUCCUGUUCAAAACGGAACGACUGAACCACCAGUUGCCGUGAGCAACGCCGUCAAUGGGGAUGACCCAGAACUGGUGGCAAUCGAGAAGGCUGCACAGCAGCCGGCUGCUCAGGUAGUCUCACCUCCACCAUCGAAUCAGUAUUUCCAGCAACAACACCAGCUAACCAAGCGGCAGAAGGAGCUGCUCGAGUAUCAACUGAAGCACAAGAUGCACUUGGAAGAGUGCAGAAGAAGGAUCAACAAGGCACAGAAGACCAUUUACGCGCCAACUAUCACCCUUCCUCGCCUAGAAGAGGACGAAUUUGGAAAAAUCUAUGAGCUGCCAAAGGCUGGAUCCAGGUAUCGCCCUAGCUUGCCACUCACCCCCAUCGCUUUCCAGGGAAAUGCUUUCCCGACCAAGGAAGAGGCGUUCAAACCAUUUGAGGUGAAACCGGCCCCAAUUUUCCACCCUUGCACUGGGCCAAAGCCUCUGGCCAAGCCUGCCUGCGCUGUGCAGUGCGUAAUUCCCAUGAAGUGGACUGCACCUAGCAAGUUGAUCAACGGACUGCCUUACAAGUACACGCCUACAGUGCACCAGCCCAACAGCGCGGAUCAGGGCAACCAAGAGUUCUUGCCACCCCCUCAGCAAAAGCCCCCUAGAGAGCCCCAAAGGCCGGUGGCUCACCCUUUGCAGCCGGUGCCAGAACCACCUUAUAGGACACAUUCUCCUGCACCACAAUUGUCGGAAGACGAAAUUGCCGAGAUGAUGAGCGCAAGUGCUGAAGUAAUUGUUGGCCACACGUUAGGAGUUAACUUCCAGAAGUUUACUCCUGGAUUUGAACACCUUAAAAACUCGGAAGUAUAUCGCUUGGUACACGGUUUGGAGGAUUAAACUACACAACACAAAUGGGAAUAUUACUUAAUGUUUAAUUUUACUUGAUAUUGCACAAAGCAGAAAAUGUUGUAAUUUACCUUCUCUGUGUUGCUGUUUUUAAGUUGUGUAAUACUAAUUAAAUGUAUUUGCAAUGACGUUUGGCAACUCAAUGUUUGUGAAAUAGAAUCAGAUAAAACGGUUCCACCAUAAGAAAUUUUGUGAUGUACAUUUUUAACACCAACUACCUUUUGAAAUGAAAUGUUAUAUCCCGCAAAUGAAGGAUUUCCUGUUAGUGAAAUACAUUUUUGCCCUCCUUCACAAAUAAUUAAUGUACUUUGUGUUGCUUAAUCCAUAUAAGGAUGAAAAUAAUGUUAAGAAAGCAAAAUAGAGUUUAAUAAACAAUUUAAACAAUUGAUAA